AUGGUGGUCACAGAGGUUGGGUGUCUGGGCAUCAAGCCAGGCCUGGAAGUCAUGAAUGAUUCCAAGCCAGAGGGGGCUGUUUUAGCAAAGGCAUACACAACUGUCACCGCCACCGACGGCGGUCCCUACCGCUCGUUCUGGGGUCUCGAGAUCGAAAACCCUCUCAUGUUGUGGGCUUUUUUCGACUUCGACUCGGUCGAACAUCACAGGAGAUUUGCAGAACUCCAUGGCGCCGAAAUCGUCAAGGGCCUACCUACUCUUUUAACCCACGGCGAGUUCACAAAGCAUAUCGCUUUCACCUCGUCUGCCCCAGUAGCUCUACGAUCACCCAUCACUCAGAUAAUCCUUAUCCACGUCCGUGGAAAUGUGGAUUGUUCCGUCAAGGAAGGGCUUUCUGCAACAUUGGAAGCAACGCUCAGCACGACGUUUGUUGCACAUGCAGGUGUUACGGCCACUAGUUAUGGCCUGUUCUGUCUGGCGGCAGCAAUCCCACGUCUUGAGGGCUAUGAGAGUCUUUCGGAUGCCGAGGUGGCAGAACUGUCUCAAGAUGUAGCCCAGGCCGUCCACGACAACAUCAAACUGCCUCUUCUUUCAAUUAGCGCCAUGACCUCGACAACCGGCUCUCCUCGCAAUGAGGCAACUCUUGCUGUGCGCCAAAAGCUUUCACUCAGGGAUCCUCAGCCCCCCGGAAAUUUCCCGGGGUCCGCCUUGCCAUUCUCAGAACAGGAACGCAAAUGCCACAAUGAAGACGACUUUCGAGGUCAUGCGGAGAUCCGGAGUGGAAAGCAGCAUGAUGGUGCUGUGGCCUUCUGUAAAUCUUCAAAAGGCAUGGCGACAUUGACCAAGGCUGUGAACGGAAAUCCACCGUACCCGGCGGUUCGCUAUCGCCAUGUCGACAGGUGGAAGAUUAAUCACGACUUCAAAGUGGAAUGGGAGCCUGGCUGUGAGACGAGCGAGAGGAUUCAAGAGAUCCAGCAGCCAACUGGCCCUGGAGGCCCAGUCUGCUAUCAUCUGAUGAGGGCAAACUACUUGAACUGCAUCAACGGUGGCGUCGGAGGCAGUGUGCAGGUUGGGUGCUUGAUCUACACGUACAACGGUGGGAAGGCCGGUCAAUAUUAUUGA